GACUCGGGACACUCCCUCUCCAUGCACAAUCUCUUGUGGGUGCUGAUAGACUGUCUCCCUCAAUACACAAACUACGGCAGCACCGUCCUCUGGGGCGCACCCAGUCUUCUCCCCUUCCCCAGAAUUCACAGGCCCUCCAGCAAUUGGUGAUCCAACAACAGCAUCAACAGUUCUUGGAAAAACACAAACAACAAUUUCAACAGCAGCAGUUGCAUAUUAAUAAGAUGUUGCCAAAAUCAAAUGAAGCUUCCCGUCAGCAUGAAAGCCACCCAGAAGAGACUGAAGAAGAAUUAAGAGAACAUCAGACAUUUGUGGAAGACCAAUAUAUUGACAGCACAGCAAAUCAAAAGGAAAUUCAAAGAUUGACCCAAGUGGUCCAUGUGAAGCAAGAACCUGCUGAAAAUGAUGACGAUGGAGAACAAGAAGAAUUGGAAGCAGGACAAAGGCAAGCAGAACAGGAAUUGCUCUUCAGACAGCAAACUCUUUUAUUGGAACAGCAGCGCAUUCAUCAGCUCAGAAAUUACCAGGCAUCCAUGGAAGCUGCUGGUAUUCCAGUAUCCUUUAGUGGACAUCGGCCACUUUCUCGAGCUCAGUCAUCACCUGCUUCUGCCAAUUUUCCAUUAUCAACACAAGAGACGCAGUGUAAGCCACAGUUCACAACAGGCCUUGUAUAUGACACCUUGAUGCUGAAACACCAGUGCGUUUGUGGAAACACAAACAGUCAUCCAGAACAUGCAGGGAGAAUCCAAAGCAUUUGGUCCCGUCUUCAGGAAACAGGUCUUCGUAGCAAGUGUGAGUGUAUCCGUGGAAGAAAAGCAACUCUAGAAGAAUUACAGACUGUGCAUUCAGAAGCACACACGCUGAUUUAUGGUACCAACCCUUUGAACAGACAGAAAUUGGACAGCAAGAAAUUGUUAGGCUCUCUGACAUCACUGUUUGUCAGGCUUCCAUGUGGUGGCAUUGGGGUGGACAAUGAUACAAUUUGGAAUGAAGUGCAUUCAUUCAGUGCUGCUCGUCUUGCUGUUGGCUGUGUCAUAGAGCUUGUAUUUAAAGUAGCUACAGGAGAACUUAAGAAUGGAUUUGCUGUAGUUCGACCUCCUGGUCACCAUGCAGAAGAAAGUACCCCUAUGGGUUUUUGCUAUUUUAACUCUGUAGCCAUUUCUGCCAAACUUCUCCAGCAGAGACUGAAUGUGAACAAAAUCCUCAUAGUGGAUUGGGAUGUACAUCAUGGAAAUGGUACGCAGCAAGCUUUCUACAGUGAUCCCAAUGUCCUUUAUAUUUCACUACAUCGCUAUGAUGAUGGAAACUUCUUCCCAGGCAGUGGAGCCCCAGAUGAGGUUGGCAUAGGAUUGGGUGUUGGUUUUAACGUAAAUAUAGCAUUUACUGGUGGUCUUAAUCCACCAAUAGGAGACCCAGAAUACUUGACUGCUUUCAGAACAAUAGUAAUGCCUAUUGCUCAUGAAUUUGCUCCAGAUGUUGUACUGGUGUCAUCAGGGUUUGAUGCAGUAGAAGGUCAUCCUGCACCUCUUGGGGGAUAUAAUCUAUCGGCAAAAUGCUUUGGGUAUCUCACCAAAGAGCUUAUGGGGCUGGCUGGAGGACGAAUCAUUCUGGCUCUUGAAGGAGGUCAUGACCUAACAGCCAUUUGUGAUGCAUCUGAAGCAUGUGUUUCUGCUUUGCUAGGAAAUGAGCUUGAUCCUAUUCCUGAAAAAAUAUUACAGCAGACAGCAAAUAUUAAUGCAGUGCAUUCCAUUGAGAAGGUCAUUGAAAUACACAGUAAAUAUUGGCAUUCGCUUCAACAUUAUUCUUCAACAGUCAGUUAUUCUUUGAUAGAUGCACAGAAGUGUGAUAAUGAAGAAGCAGAAACCGUAACAGCAAUGGCAUCUUUGUCAGUUGGAGUUAAACCACUUCCUGAAAAAAAUCUGGAUGAGGAGCCUAUGGAAGAGGAUCCUCUUCUGUAGCAUACUCCUGGUUUCAAGCGUUCCAGUGAAAUUCAUCUUGUCUUUGAAGGCCUGCCAAGAAGCUUUCUAUUGUUAUACCUGCAUCCUGCCCUGAUUUUCUUCCAGAAAGGCAGCCAUGUUGAAAAACAGAUUAAUUUCUCCAUAUUGUAAUUGUAUGGAUUACGCUCAUGGAAAACAAAACAAAUAAAAUGCAGGUGAAGAACAGCAAUAUGGAUUACAGACACACUGAGUGAUCUUCCUUUUUUCCUCAAUGGAAGCUAUAAGAAGCAAGAUGCCAGGGAAGUAUUUGGUUGUCAGCUUUUGCUGUUGUUUCAAAAUCAAAGACUUAACAUGUAUGUAACAAUUUUCAUUUAAACUGGUGCUUAACAUUUAAUUACAUUCAGACUACUCAAAGUAAAUUCUACUUUUGUUUCAGUAUUUUUGUGGUUCUUGCGUAUUUGUGAAUAAGAGUUCUUCAAAACUCAGACCCUGAGGAGGGUUAUUUUUCUUCUUGUGAAGGGUAAAAAGAAAACUAAGUUUUUAUAUAUUCAUUCAAAUUAUAUAAAUGUGAAGAGGGAGAGUGUAAAAUAAGAAAGAUAGCCAGAAAAGGGAUAUUGGCAUUGCCAAAGCCAUUGGAAAAGUUUGUGCCUUUUAAAAUAAUAGACUGACUUGGGCAGCUAUUUUUUCCUGACAUUUUUGAGGAACUAUGCCUUAAAGAAAAAAAAAACUUUGUAGCGGUUCUUCUGGCAGAAAAAGCCAAGAACUGCAUUCUGUAAGAAAGAUUCUAGGAUUUCUGCUAGCAUGAUUAUUUAAAGCAAGCAAAGGCCAGAGCUUCUCCCAAACAGUCUACAACCUUAUUUUGAUUUUUCUUUCCUUGCUGUUUAAUUUUUUUAAAAUUAAGGUAAUAUGACAAGUGUUGUUGGGUUUCUUAAGUUCAUUGAUUUUUUAAAAAUCCAACAUCUUCUUCUAUACAUUAUGGAUAACAAAUUAUCAAUUUGGUUGUAAAGGCAUGCACAAAUACAAUUGCAAUUUUUUUAAAAAAUGGAAUGCUUUUUAUUAAAAGCAGAUUGCAUGGAAUAUUGCUUAAUUUUUUAGGUAUAAAUAUUUAUGUAUGCUGUGUAAUGAAUAAUAUAAAUAUAUUCCAAACUUAGGAAAAUGACUCUUAGAAAUUAUUAAUUAAAUAUUUAUAAUGCAUUUAUAUUACCUAUAUCAAUGGUGGCAACCAUUGGAAAUUCCUUCCAAAGUAUUUGUGGAUUGAAAGGUUAAGAUCUAGUUAAAAUGCCCAUUUCCAAAGUGCAGUUUGGAACAUUAAAAUGCCCAACAUUUUAGCCACUGGGCAACUACCCUACAUACUGUUAUUUAACUUUUAAGUUCUUCAGUGUUGACCCUCUUUUAACAAACAAAGUAUUUCUGGUAAAUAUUUGUUUACUAUUGAUUUAUUUUUUCACGUUAGUUUUCAAAUAAAGCCAAUUAUUUGCAUUGAUUUUCAUGUUUGGUUUGGUUUGAGAACUGUGUUUCCAGACAUUAUUUUCUGGACAUACAUAAUUUUUCCUUGGACACUAAAGUUUUCUUAUUUCCCGAUUUUUGUACAGAAAACACUUUUUAAUAUUGUGCAUGUUGCAAACUGAUAUGUAUUAUUUUCAGAAUAUUCUUUUCUCAAAAGGAAGGAUUCCACAGUCAUUUUUAAGAUCAAAAAUUGAUUGUAUAAUUUGUCAGUUCUUCAACUGUAGUUGUUAUGCUACCUAAAGUAAAUGAUAAACUUUCCUCUCUUGAAAUUGAUUAGUAUUAUAAAGAGCAAUGUAUAUUCUCAAUGGCAAGGAUUAUUAAAGGCAUUAAUAAUUUAAAUAAAUAAGUUGAAAGAUUGCAAUAUUCUGUUGGUACAGUUAAUACUGAGAAAACACACAUUACUAUGCUUGAAUAAUCCCUUUAAAGAUUAUUUCAAAAUAAAUAACAAUAAUAAUAAUUACAUUAGGUUUUUGAGAGUGUGUUAAUCUUCACCAUGAUCUCUUUUCUUCUACAUAUUUUUUUAAAAUGAGAGCAGUUGACCCUCUUAUGUAACUGCUUAAAUUUUUAGCAGGGAAAUUAGAAGAGAUUAAUUUUUUUCUAAAGAAACAUUUUUUGGUUAUAUUAACUGACAGAGUCAAUUUAUAAUUAUGUAGUUUUGAAAAGGUUUUUUUUCUUUCAUGCCAUUAUGAUUGGAGUUAUGAGAAUAUAAACAUAAAUUUCAAUGAGUGCAGACUAGCUUUAGGAGUUUAUUUAAUGAAAAAGUUAAUAUGCAAUUUUUAAAACAGACACUACAAUAUUAAUCUUCAUGUUAACCCAAAUGUAUUCAAAACCCAAAUGGAUUCUUUUUGGCAUUAGAACUGCCAGGAGCAUACUCAAAGACUAAAGUUUGAUGGUAAAGAUAAAAUGUAUAUUUUAUAAAAUGCUUUGCUGCUGUGUUCUAAAAAGAUUUUUGUGUGAAAUUACUUGGUUUUGUAUUUUGUUAAUUUACUAUGUUUUACUACAAUUGAUAAAAAUUGUUGAAUUCUGUGAUCACUGCAAUUUCAAAUCUAUUUUAUAUUUGAACAUAAAAAUUGUCAAUAAUUUUUUGUCACAAAAAAUAAUAAUAUGUAUCAAUGGUGUUAAUAUGAUUGGUUUUAAUGUUACUUUUAAGAGCAUUCAUUUGUUACUUUCAAAUUGCUACAUCUUUGGAAAUGAAAAGCAUUUCUGAAGUCAGAAAGAAUUUUGGUAUAUGUAAUUUGCCCCAUAAUUUAUUAAUUCCUUUUUAAAAUAAAUAUACCAUAAUCUCACUGUAUGCCUAAAACUGAAUUUCUUCUGCAGUUAUUCUAGGAGAGAAAAGAUAUGCAUGGUUGGAGGAUGGAAAUAAUUUUAUUUAAUAAAAGCAUAGAUAAGGAAGGCUUCUGGGCUCUGUGAAUAAACAAAAAGCUCAGUGUGAGUAAGACAAUGUAUCUCCAAUUACAGUUUUUUAUAUUCUAUAAGGAAGAGGUACCUAGGUUCUACCAGCAGGAUUCUAUAUGUUUUUUGAUUAACGCAAUUCUGAAGGUAAAGAGUGAUUUCCUACAAUUCUGUUACAACAUGUUAAAAAGAAUAAUCUAAAAGUGACUUCCAUUGUAUAAUAUAAUAAAUCAUAAUUCUUUUACUUUUUACUUUCGGUACAGACAAACAUUCCUUUUUAUUAAUCAUGUACUCAUUCCAGUUUUCUUUUUCUAAAAUUUUAGACUCACAUUUUAUGGGCAUUGAUAAAUAUAUAAAUAUAUUUUUUCAAGUUUCCAAUAGUUUAAAAAAUAUGGUCUACUAGGUUCGCAUGCCUUUGUAUCGUAAACAGACUUUGCACGCUACACUUGGCAAGUGUACGCUACACUUUUUUCACUGUGGGAAAAAGCUUUCUGAUGGCAUUAGCAAGAUAUACAAGUUGGGUAGCUUUGUGUCACACAAAAAUAAGAGGCAUGGACAAGGGAAGUUUAAUUGACUCAUAUGAUUAAGGACCUAUGCUUUUAAUGUAACAUUUAAAAAUGUCAAAAGACUACUUAAAUAUUUGUCAUUAAAAAAAUAAUAAUUGCAUUUUUGACAAGCCAAUAAUAGAAUACAUUGUAUUUAUUUGGAAAUGUUCUUGAAAUCUAUGCUGAACAUACAAAUAAACUGCCUGUGUCAGUUUUUUUAAGAGAGGGAGGAAAAAGAAUUGUGUUUUUGCUUGUAAGGGAUAAGGAAGGUGCAAACCUAUGCUAAUUUCUGUUUAUAUUAAAUAUCAUAUGAAAUUGGAAAUAACUUUAAGAGGUAACUCUUCAGCUCAACUGUACUACUUUUUAAAUUACUAGGAAUUAUAUAUAUAGAUUUUUACAUUUAAGCAGUGAUAUUAAGCAGUAAAGGGACAUAGUGGCUAAGUGGCUAAGACACUGAGCUUGUUGAUCAGAAAGGUCGGUGAUUCAGCAGUUCGAAUCCCUAGUGCCGC